UCUUUGUUACGAGUUAGAUUGUAAACCACGGUCACGCACAGGUAACAAUUAUUAACGCUUAAAUAAGACGCGACCAAAUAUUAAAUAUUUUGUUGGACUUAAUUGUUUCGAUAAUUUUCAAAGUUGGAUAGAACUCUAUGUAUCGUCCUUGGACGUAGGAGGGAGAGGAAGGAAGACAAAGAAACAAGAUGGUUUCCAAUUUGAUCCGAUGGAAAGCGCUGUAGUAGCGGGACGCGGCGACAAGUGCGACGGGUAUCGGUGAUUAGGAGGGAAGAAGAGGACAAGAAGAGAGGGCUAAGCCCGUGAAAAAAGGACGAGUAGUAGAAAGAGAAAGGGAGAGGGAGAACAGGAGCGCAUGCCGCAGCCACGGCCCCCAACUUGCCCUAAACUCGUGCGAGCAGGCUCUAUCGUCGGUCGAAUUUUAAUGGCGGCUUAUUCCGACUCCCUGUUCAGUGUUGUGUUGUGAAUCGACGGACACAUUGUUCGAAUUUACACACGUGCGGGCUAGCCGACACGAAGGACCGUAACUUCUUGUCAAAUAGAAGAACAAGUUUUCAACUGUGUGCGACGGUGUCCCGUCGUAGAAAAUAUUCGAUCGAGAUAGAGGCUCACGAGACAUGGUGCAUAUCCGCGAUGUGCCGUAGCCGUGGCGACUCACCUCACAUCGGAUUCUUUCACAUUAGAGCUGUUUCGUACGUCUUCACUCUUUCGUGGAAAAGGGGUACCGGACAGUGAGCACCAUGUCGGUACCUGGCCAUACAUAUUGCUGGUAGUAACGUAUUCAUAUUGGCGUUCUACCAGCGGUUAUUAUACCCUAAUUAUACCUAUUAAGCUUCCUACCCUAGCCUUGCAUACGCACAAACGCACACGCCUAGCGUGCGCGCAAGUGCUUUGCUAGGUGUCGUAUACACACCAUGAGAUUCCUGGAAUAUAGAACAUUUUCUAUUUCAUCGAUAUUUUCACCGUGCUUGCUGCAACCGUCCUUCCAUGGAUCAUUAUUUUCGUCCAUGUCUGUUGCCACUUGGUUUUUAGUGGUAUUGGUAACCGCAGCAAUAGACACCCCUGCCAGUACUACUGUACCACCGCAAGAGAAUAAAUCACCACACAUUACUGCACAGUUUCCUGCAGAAGAAAGUCAACAAUAUGGAUUUUAUGCCUUAGAUCCAAAUACAACGAGAGAAGGUGCCCUAAGAUUUAAUCAUCUAGCCAUAGAUCCUAUGACAAAAAGACUCUAUAUUGGAGCUGUUAACAGGCUUUUACAGCUUGAUUCCAACCUGAAGCUUGAAGAACAUGUUUCAACAGGACCAAUAUUGGAUAAUCCCCAGUGUCAUGCCACAGGCUGCUCUUCAAGAGAUACAACCACACUAAUGAACAAUGUAAACAAGCUUCUUAUUGCUGACCUUGAAUCACGAACCUUAAUCGCAUGUGGUUCCCUUCGUCAAGGUGCUUGUGAAAAGUACAAAAUGUCGAACAUAUCCAUUAAGCCAGAGUUUAUUCCUCUCAGUGUAGCAGCUAACGACGAAACUUCUUCUACAUAUGCUUUCAUUGGUCAAAGUUAUAAUCCAUGGGGAAAGACAAAUAUCCUGUAUGUAGGUACAACAUUUACCAAUAGAGGAGACUAUCGUCAUGACGUACCUGCUAUUUCGAGCAGAAAUCUUCGUAAUUUAGAGUUUGCAGAAUUUUCGUUUAACAAACAAUCGAUAGUAUAUAUCGAUGUUAAAUAUAGAGAUCAUUUUUUAGUCAAAUACGUUUAUGGGUUUAAUGCAAGUGAUUAUGCAUACUUUGUAUUAGUACAGAAACAAUCUUAUCUUCCUGAACAAGAAGAAUUGGGAUAUACAUCUAGAUUGGCAAGGAUUUGUAUAAGUGAUCAAAAUUAUGAUAGUUACACGGAAGUGACUUUACAAUGUAUGGUAGAUUUAGGAGAUGGAAAGCAACAUCUUUAUAAUUUGGUACAAGAUGCUAAAGUAGCGUCAGCAGGAAGCGAUUUAGCUAUGCAGCUUGGUAUAUCCGUUGGUGAUCCUGUGUUUGUUUCUGUGUUCUCUCCGAGUAAAGGUAUCACAAACGAACCUUUGUCUCGUUCAGCAGUCUGUAUCUACAGUCUACAGGAUAUAGAGACGAAAUUUAAUGAGAACAUUCAUAUGUGUUUCAAUGGUACUAUCAAAUACCGCAACAUGGGUUACGUGAGUGGUCCGAUACAAGAUGGAAAAUGUCCUUCGGCCGGUAACACUGGGAAUAUCCUUAAUUUUUGUGAAGUGGGCUUGAAAAUUUCUGGUGUGUCACCCAUUGUAAGUCAAGCAAUUUUACAUUUUCCUGAUACGUUUGUGACUUCUGUGACUGUAGCAAAUACAGAGAGUCAUACAAUAGCAUUUUUUGGAACUGACGACGGUAUAUUAAAAAAAGUUUUGCUUUCUGCAACUGAAGCGUUCGUUUAUGAAAGCAUUGUAAUUGACAAAGAUCAAAGAUUAUUACCUGACACAGCGAUCUCACCCGAUGGGGAACAUAUAUACGUAUUGUCAACUUCAAGAAUCUCAAAAGUCAAAGUGGAGCACUGUAACAGUUAUACUAAUUGCAGUAGUUGUCUUGAUGCAAAGGAUCCUUACUGUGGCUGGUGUUCUUUAGAAAAAAGGUGUACGGUAAGAGGUGACUGUCAGAAAGCAAGUCAUAGUAGCCCAAGAUGGUUAUCCUUAGGCACUGGUCAACAAUGUAUUGAUUUCGAACAAGUCUUUCCCGAUCAUUUGCCUAUCAAUCAGAUGAUUACGGUUCAGUUAACGAUUAGAACAUUACCUGAAUUGCCAGCAGGUGCCAAUUACAAAUGCGUUUUUGGCAAUGCAGAACCAAUUGAUGCAUUGAUGACUGGUUUUGGUCUUUCCUGUCCUACACCAUCCAUCUCUGAGAGGCCUAAUAUACUUGAUGGAACUGAUCACGUUCUUGUGCCAUUAUCUGUACGUUCAAGCGAAACCAAUAAGGAUUUCGUUUCUCGAAAUUUUGCAUUUUUCGAUUGCUCUAGGCACACCGUAUGUACAGAGUGUGUCAAAUCUCAAUGGGCAUGCAGUUGGUGUGUAUAUGAUAAUAAAUGUACGCACAAUACAAGCUGCCAAGGUAUAAUAUCAGGAGAAAAUAAUCAAGCACAUCUUGCUGCACACGGAGCUCAGUAUUGCCCUAGAUUCAUACCACAGAAGGAACCAUUGAUGUUGCCAAACAGUGUACCUAAAGAAAUCAUUUUAGAAGUAGAAAAUUUACCACAUCCGCAAGUAGGGCACAGUGGUUUUCAGUGUAUCGUUACGAUAGAAGGAGCCAAUUUAAAGGUGCAAGCAAGAGUCGACAGCAAUCGUUUUAUAGUUUGUGACAAAACUGUUUAUUCUUACGAAGCAUUCACGGGAAAGUAUAAAGCCGAAGUGACCGUCGUUUGGAAUACCAAUCAUUACGUAGAUCAGACUAAAAUAAUUCUCUAUAAAUGUGAAGUACUUGGAUCGCAUAGGGAACACGCAGACUGUUCGCUCUGUCUAACGAGAGAUCCUCGAUUUGAAUGUACAUGGUGUGGAAAUAGUUGCGUGUAUAAACAUUCUUGUUUACAUUCACCGUUUGCAGAAUGUCCAAAACCAAGAAUAGACAUGAUCAAACCUCUAAGCGGGCCAAUCGAAGGUGGUACGCUAGUUACCAUAGAAGGCAGUAAUUUAGGAUUAAAGAAAAUUGACGUCGAAGGGAAAAUACAUAUUGGCGAAACCCCAUGUACUUUGGUAGAUUAUGAAGUGUCUGUUCGUAUCGUCUGUCGAACAGGACGACACGAAGCAACGGAUACAGCUUCCGUUGUUGUCGGUAAUGACGCUGGAUUUACAGAAAGUGCAGUGUUGUUUAAUUACAAGGACAUACGCCUGACUGGUAUUUAUCCAUCCGUUGGUCCACAAAGUGGUGGUACACAGCUUGCCAUUACUGGUAUGUAUUUAAAUAUCGGGAGUACGAUAUCUGCGUAUUUGGACGAAUUACCAUGUCAUGUAAAUGCAACGCAAGCAAGUAGUACAAGAUUGACUUGCGUUACAAGUAAAUCUGGUCGUGUUAGGAGGAUUCACAAGUUAACUUUAUCCAUUGAUGGAGCGAAUCGUACAUUGGUAAAUAAUCCAUUCAAUUACACGCACGAUCCUACUAUAAUGGAGAUCAAACCAUUGAAAAGCUUUGCUUCUGGUGGGCGAAUGAUAACCGUUCAUGGCACGAAUUUGGAUACCAUCCAAAAGCCAGAAAUGGAAGUUUAUUUUGAUACCGAACCUACACCAGUAAAUCGUACCGUUUGUACGGUAUUAAAUCCAACGCAAAUGGAAUGUCCAAGUCCUAGCGUUGCCGGAAGAUUCGUAUCUCUUCAUCGCAACGAACGUACGGCAACAGGUAGUCAUAGUAUCUCGCAUUCGAUAAGACUUAAAGAAUCUCAAUUAUCCUUUAAAAUUGCAUUUAUUAUGGACAACGUGGAAAGUGUCCGGGACUUGGAAAAGCAUUUCCAAAGCCUCAGAAAUCGAUUGCUAUACGUCGAGGAUCCAAAGUUUUUUCCAUUUCCGCGUAACGUUAAGUUGUACAAAGGAGAUACAUUGGUCAUCGAAGGGGAGAAUCUUAAUUAUGCGAGCGACGAGUCCGAUGUAAAUGUUACCGUGGGUAUGAUGCCAUGUAACGUUACUUCACUUGCUUUGUCCCAAUUGGUCUGCACGCCGCCGGAUCAACAGCCCGAUCAUACGGAUGAGCUUGGAAUAAAAACAGAAAACGGUUUGCCCUUGGUUGUGGUACGCGUUGGAAGGAGUUUACGAUUUCCCAUUGGGUAUCUUCAUUACGAAGUUAUCAAAUCCUAUCCGAUACCACCGGAAGCAAUUGCAGGUAUCGCUGCUGGUACUUUUGGUCUUAUAUUCUUAUUCGUUUUGGUCUUGGUCAUUUAUAGAAGGAAGAGCACGCAAGCCGAAAGGGAAUAUAAAAGGAUUCAAAUACAGAUGGACACUCUCGAAAGUAACGUUAGAAUGGAGUGUAAGCAGGCGUUUGCCGAAUUGCAAACCGACAUGACAGACCUAACAGCGGAUCUCGAAUCGUCCGGCAUACCGACGCUCGACCAUAAGAAUUACAUCAUGAAGGUCUUUUUCCCUGGGGUUAUAGAUCAUCCGAUAUUGAAUGAUCCACGAUCACGCAGCAAUGUCUCUCGCACAAAUUAUGACGCCGCAAUGGUGCAAUUCGAACAACUAAUCAAUAAUAAAUAUUUUGUAUUGACAUUCAUUGAAACUUUAGAGGCACAAAAGGACUUCAAUAUUAGAGACAAAGUUAACGUCGCUUCGUUAUUGAUGGUAGUGUUAAUGGGCAAAAUGGAAUAUGCGACUGAUAUACUUAUGAAUUUAUUGCUCAGACUGAUCGAGAAAGCAGUUAAUACGAAGCAUCCACAACUUAUGUUGAGGAGGACGGAGUCUGUAGUGGAAAAAAUGCUUACGAAUUGGAUGGCGCUUUGUAUGUAUAAUUAUCUGAAAGAUUACGCAGGUUCAUCGUUAUUUUUAUUAUUCAAAGCUAUAAAGCAUCAAAUAGAGAAAGGUCCCGUGGACGUUAUAACGCACGACGCUCGUUACUCCUUGUCAGAGGAAAGACUUUUGCGAGAACAAAUCGAGCACAGUGUUGUGACUUUGCAUGUUGUACAAGACGAUCUGGACGAAAAAAUUCAAUGCAAAGUUUUAGAUUGCGACACGAUAAGUCAAGUGAAAUCCAAAAUUCUAGAUGCCCUUUACAAGAAUACUCCUUUUUCGUUAAGGCCGUCCGUUCACGAUGUAGAUCUAGAAUGGAGACAUGGCCGCGGUGGUCAUUUAACGCUUCAAGACGAAGAUCUGACUACCAAGUGCAGCGGUGAAUGGAAGAAGAUAAAUACAUUAGCUCAUUAUGGCGUUAAGGAAUCUGCAGUGAUGUCUCUUAUUCCUAGACAAAACGAUGGCUUUCCUGUUCCUUGUAAACUACCCUGUCACGCAUGCAAGCCGUCUCAUUAUCACCAUCAACAACAACCGAUUCAUCAUCAUGGCCAUCAUCAUCAUUUACAUCGACAUGCGAAUCAUUGCUCGUCCACUCACCUUCCAUCCGCGCCGAAUCACAGCUUAAUAAGUCCUAUAAUGUAUAAUCAUCCCGUUAGUGGCUGUUACUUCGAUUCUCAACAUUCACCCCCGAUAAUAACGGCAAACGGUGAUGUUGAGAGUGGACACGGGGGUAAUCAACGAUUAUACCAUUUGGUGAGGCCUAUAGAAGAAGUACAUUACCCUCCUGGAAUGGGUUUCACGAGUAAUAAACACCAUCAUCCUGAACGAACGCACAAAGCUAUUCCCGAGAUAUUCUUAACGAGAUUGCUUUCAACGAAAGGCACUGUCCAAAAGUUCGUUGACGACUUUCUGAAUACGAUAUUGACAGCUAAUGAAGCACUGCCUAGUGCUGUUAAAUGGUUAUUUGAUCUACUCGACGAAGCUGCCAAGCAACAUGGUAUUGUAGAUCCAGAAGUGGCGCACGCGUGGAAAUCCAAUAGUUUGCCAUUAAGAUUUUGGGUGAAUUUUAUUAAAAAUCCAGACUUCAUGUUCGAUAUAAACAAGUCUACGACAGUCGACUCGAGCCUUUCUGUAAUAGCGCAGACAUUUAUGGACUCGUGCUCCAUGACAGAGCACAGAUUGGGCAAAGAUUCUCCGUCGAAUAAAUUACUUUUUGCCAAGGAUAUACCACAUUACAGAGAAAAGGUCGGUCGUUUCUAUACGGAUGUACAGAGGCUGCCACAGAUCACGGAUCAGGAGAUGUCUAGUGCCAUGCAACAAUUGAGUGCAUCUCAUGCAAAUGAAUUUGACGUAAUUGUAGCAUUGAGAGAAUUGUACAUGUAUGUCAGCAAGUAUUACGAACAAAUCUUAGAGGCCUUGGAGACAGACGCAGGCUGUCGCAAAUUACACCUAGCACAUAAACUAGAAAAUGUAGCGUGCACGCUCCAAGGGGAAGAGACUAAUGCCUGCUGACACAACCUCCUACCUUCCAUCCCAGGACCUAUCGACCUCUCCAGAAACACUGACUAGUGCCUCCACUUCAUGAAUCAGAUACACCUCGUUACAUAUGUACAAAUAUACACGCCAUGUGCAUAACAAUGCCGUAAGUAUGUGUGAUUUUGCUAAGGAUAGCCACGUGAUAGUGCACGGGAUGUCAUAAUCCUGCUGCAGUGUUUUGUUUGUGUCAUUAAGUGCACUGGCGAACAUGCAUAGAUAUUAACAAGCAGUAUCGGCAAUUGUAAUCCUUAAACCUAAUUUGUAAUAUAAUAUAGAGGUACUUUAAAAUGAUAAAUCGAAUGCCUACUGUAAAAUAUAUUGACGAGAUGAGCGACUGAAAUACUCAUUUGAAUCUCAAUGAUAGUAUGUGUGAUAUAUUGCAUGUAAAACUUUCGCACUAGAGAUCUUGGCUACUCAAAGAUAUUGUGCUAUAGUACAUAAAGAGACAUAGGUUUAAGGAUUAGAGAUGCAAAUUAAUUAAUGUGAUUAUUCAUUAGAAAGUGAAUGUGAGUUUUAAAUUCUGACUAAGUGAAUAUCUAUGCAUUUAUAAAUAGAACAAAACGUAUAUAUACGAUUCACAAAUAAUACGUGCAAGAAGAGAACAAGUGAAAAAGCCAUUGUGUCCACCAGACUGUCUGUACAAAAGGUGUACGGCAGCGAGUAGUCUGUGAUCCGAGCACGAGUGGCUAUGCCUACUAUCUUCAUUACGAUAUAUAAUUAUUAAUAUGUUAUAUAUAAAUAUAUAUAUAUAUAAAUAUAUAUAUACACAUGAAAAAUAUAUAAAGCAAAAAUCACGCAACACACACUUUCAUGGAUUGUAGUGAGCUAGCUAGAGAGGGACUAUAUAUGUAUUAUAAGUUGAAGGGUUAAAUGCUCUGUUGAAAGAGGCAAAAUAAGAGAUAAUAUUAAAUUAAGACAAUUAAAAUAACUUUAGCGAAAAAUUAAAUGAUAAAGAGUUAUGUGAGCAGCUCAGUCAGUUUAGGCCUAUCUACGUAUGUUUAUUACGUAAAAACGUCUUUAUUACACAUUGUUUAGAAUUCAUAUUUUGUUCAUACUUGUUUUAGGCAAUCAUAUGGAUAUGAAAUAUCGUUGUUGUGUAAUUUGCAAUCGUCGUUUUCAGGAAAAAAAUCAGUAAGAUCAUCAUCAUUGUCAUGGUUUAUUUCAUUCUAGUACGUGUGUGGCCAAGAUAAAAAAAAAGGGACUAUAGUGAACAAAUCUUGACCGCAUAUGUGUGAAAUUUUUAUUAUUACAAUUACGAGUCACUAUUGUCAUUAUUACUGCUACUAUUAUAUUAUCAUCUCUAUCAUUACUACACUACUAUUCAUACUACUACUACUAUUAUUGCUACUAUUACUAUUACUAUUACUACUACUAUUACUUAUAUACAUAUUAUUAUUAACACACUGAUCAUUCAAUAAUGAUGAUUCUUAUCGUAUAUUGUUAAGAGAAACCGUAUAACAAAUGCAAAAAAAUGUUUUAUAUGAUUGGAUAUACAUAAUAUACACACGCAGUAAUUUCUUUUUUUUUUUCUUUUUUUUUUUCUUUUUCUUUUUUUUUCAUCAGAUUAGGAGAGACAACAACAAUAUUGAACAAAAUGUGUAUAUUUGUCAAGAAGCACUUUUCAUCUAUUUUACGAGACGUAAGGAAGAAAGAAGGUCAUUGAUGCAAAUGCAUCCAAGACAAUUUUGUCGUUUACAACGACAUAUACAUAGUAUUCCUUUAUAAAUGCAUUUUAUGUUUAGUUAAUAUAAGACUGGCUCAUUUUUUAAGUCACAUUCUUGAGAUGAUCGUUAUUCGUCUCACACAUGUAUUAUUCCGAACAAAAGAAAGAAUUUAAUCAAUUCAGCGCACACUGCCAAGGCUCUUUAUGCGCUACAUUAUAAAUUCUCGAUCAGUUUAACAAAAAAUACGUAUUUAAAGUGUUACUCGGAUCGAAUUAAAAAAAAAAAAGAAAAAAAAGAGAAAAAAGAAAAAAAAGAACGAGAAAAGAAAGUGAAGCUGAUGAUAUUCUGUCGAUGUAGGCCUAGGGAAUCUGGGGGCAAAAUCACUCUCUUGUACUUAACAAUACUCUCCCUUGUAUUUCAAUUAAUCUUAAGUCUCCAGAAUCCCUCCCCUGCGACAUUAAUUCAUAUUAUCUCACUCUAUUAUAUGUAUUGUAUUUAUUUAUAUUACGAACAGACUAACUCUUUCUCUAUUAUUGAAAUGUGCGUUAAUCUGUACACGACAUCGACAUUUUUUCGCAUAAUUCUUUUUAUGUCUCUCUGUGCGUAUUUGUAUCAAAUUGAGUGCAAGAUUGUAUUGUAUGUAUGUAUACACUUUUUAUUUUUUUUUAUUUUUAUUUUUUUUUUAUUUUUUAUAUAUAUAUAUAUAUGUAUUAAGUUCUAUUCUCGAGACGAAACUAACUCGAAUUUCUACACAAACAUGUUAUUGUGAAAAUACGAGAGUAUCGUUAGUAUUAUUUUUGUAAACACAUACAUUCGUAUAAACAAAUGAGAUGUAUGAUCCUCGUUCGCGAAAAUAUUGUAAAAAUAAGCGCGAUAUAUGUGACAUACAUUUAAAACGUGAGUGUUAACAUGAAAUUGAAUUUCUAUACGAGAUUUGAUAAUUCAUACUUUCUAAUACGUAGUCAUUUUUCUUUUUCUAUAAUUUAUUUUUGUUUCUUUUUUUUCUGUUCUUUCUUUUUUAACUCCAAAUAGAUCUGAACUUUUAAUUAACAAAUGGACGACCAAAUUAUAUGGUAUUCGUACUAGAAGAAAAAAAGAGCAUUUCGUUUUUAUUUUUACUUUAUUUUUUAGAAUCGUGUAUAUAUAUAUAAUAUAUUGACACAUAAACCGUCUAUACUUAUAUAGUACUAGUUUAUAUAAAAAUCAACGAUUUACCAACGCGCAUUAUAUGACUAUAUUGUAAACGUACAAUUUUAUGGAUGAAAUAUCCAUAAAUAUUAACUCUUUAUCUGCCCUAACCUAAGUAAAUGAAUAAAGAAAAAAUAAUGAUGAUAGGUUAGUAAUGAUGAUGAUCUAAUGCGAUGAUAAGAUUAUCGCUUACGAAAAAAAAAAAAACAAAAUAAAAUAAAAAAAAUCAAAGAGCGUCCCAUUUUUUACAACGCUCGUUAGAAAUAGUGUGAAUAUAUAUUUUUCAUUCCUUAAUGAUGAAUUAAAAAAAAAAAUAAAUAAAUAAAUUAAAUAAAAACAAAAAAUAAACAUUAUUACUUACUUUGGUGUGUGGCAGGUAAUGCGUUAAAACUUUCAAAGAAGCGAAUACGAUUAAUAUUUUGUUGGUUUAAAAUGACAAAUAAAUUUGUAAUAAAUAGGAAUAAUGACUGUUCGUUGUAGUAUGGCUUUUGGAAUGUGACUUUCAACAACCUUAAAUGCAUUUUUAUUGCUUUAUUCGCUUAACUGCAAAAAAAUACAUUUAGAUUUAUUAUUAACUCGUAAUUAUACCAAUGUUAGCUUUUGGUACAAAAGUCGAUUCAAUUUUGCCGCGUAAUAUAUCAUAGAGGUUAUAAAAAAUAAAACUUUUUCUAAUCGUGAAGAUACGUUAUCAAGUUUUUUAAUUAAAAAAAAUAAAAGCGUACGCUUAUAUGCAUUGAUACAUGAAAUAAUUUAAUAUAUAAAAAGAUAAUUCAUUAAAUAUAUUCACUCUUAACUUGACACACUCUUUUGAAUCGCAUUUUUUUCUUAAUUUGUUUUCUACUUAAAAACUUGUGAAUGUGUAUAAUAUAUAUGUGUAUAUAUAUGUAUAUGUAUAUGUAUAUGUAUAUGUAUAUGUAUAUAUAUAUAUAUAUAUAUUUAGAAACGUACAGAUUAACGUACAUAGAUAAAAAUACGCAUGUAUGCGUAUUUAAUGAAAAAAUAAUAAUAAAUAAAUAAAAAAAUAUGUGUCUCCUCGUUGCUAUCAAAAUUAACGAGGUAUCAUUUCAUUGGGAUGAAACGAUAAGUAUUCGUUACAUGAUCGUUCUUAAAAAAAAAAAAAAAGAAAAAAAAAGGGUUUAACAUUCGCGGAAAAAGAUCUGCAAUGCGGCAUUAAAGUAUUAUUCAUAAAAAUCGAAUGGGACGUUGAAAAGAUUUAUGGAUAGUAUUAGAUGCUAGAUAAAAUAUUUCAUGUAUGUACAAUAAUUUGCAAAAAAAAUCCCGAUUGCGCUGCGAAUGAGAUUCGCGCCUAUGUAUGCAAAAUGGAUAACUUCUUAGCCAGAAAAGAAAGAAAGAAAAAGAAAAAAUAGAAUAAUGGUCGGAGAGAAGUUUUGGAUAAUUUUCUUAUUAUAUGUGCGACAGUCAACUCCAUCCAUCUGAAAAGCUUGUCAAUUCAGCAUUCAACGUAUGUAUUAUAAUGUAAUUGACUGAGAAGGUUCGAUGAUGAAGAUAUCGUGAGCCCAAUUAGUGUAUCAUGCUUCGUAGUAUAGAGAAAAAAAAGAAACCGAGGAUCAUGUCGAAUUAAGAUUACUCUUUGUUAAGCUUCAUGGAGGAUGGGGGUGGGAGGGUAAUUAUUCCCAGCAAUAAAUAUCUCUCUCUCUCUCUCUCUCUCUCUCUCUCUGUAUAUGUACGGUUGGGAAUUAUGAUGUACGGUGUGUAAAAGAAUCGUGGAUUCCACUACGUUUUUUGCUUGGAAAGAAAGAAAGAAAGAAAGCGACAUUCUCCUUUAUCCUGUAGGUAAUCUGCCUGUUAAGAAUGUAUGAAUGCGAUUCAUUUGAAAUCGCGCGCGCUUGUUACGUCUCUACGUACGUGUGGAUACAUAUAUGUUUGUGUGCGCGCGUGCCAAUUGUAUCCUUUAUAAGGCUCCUUCUCCCUCUUAUCCCCAUCAGUGUAAAUAAUAUUCAACUUCCCCCCCAUCCUGCAAAUGAAUAGAUUGUAAGUUACACUUGAGAACGAAAUGACUCUUGCCAAAUUUUCAAUGGGACGUAGGAACAAAGAAGUAAGCAUUUGAAGAAUCGCGAAAAUAUAUUGGUAUUAUAAUUGA